UUGGUAUCUAUAUUGUUUUUUGGGGAAUAAUGGCAUUUUUUUGGGCUCAAUACUCGGAAGCCAAUGGAAUCAGAAGAAGGAUAUACCUGAUAUCUUUUACUCUGUUUAUAUGUGCGAGUGUUAUAAGCGCAAUUUCCACAAACAUCUGGGUGUUGAUCGCAAUGCGGAUUUUGCAAGCUUGUGGAGCUUCAAGUGCGAUUUGUGUUGGUGCUGCCGUUUUAAGCGAUAUAUUUGGACCGAAUGACAGAAACUUUGCAUUCGGAGUGUACUUUGCCGGACACUGUUUCGGAGAACUGGUUGGUCCGGUGAUUGGAGGGUAUGUAGAUGAGUAUUUUGGUUGGCGGUGGAUAAAUUGGUUUCUCGCCAUCUACGUCUCAUUUCUCCUCCUUCUCAUCAUCCUAUUCGUUCCCGAAACAUAUCGUCUGCCUCAUCCCCUUUCGCCCGAAGCCCAUCAACCCUCAUCUCCCACUGUACGAAUACCAUUUAACCCUCUGCGUCCCCUUCGUAUUCUAACCUACCCAACCGUUUUCCUUAUAUCCAUUUACAUAACUACCAUAACCUCGAUAACUUACGUCCAAAAUAUCACAAUUCCCGUGUCAUUCACAUCCAUAUAUAAACUCCCUACCCAUGUUAUUGGCUAUAUCUAUCUCUUGCCGGGAUUUGGGAAUGUUCUCGGGUGCAUAACGGGUGGAAAAUUUUCCGAUUUCAUAUCCGAAAAAUUGCGGGAGAAGGGGGAAAGCGAAAAUGUGGAAAGCAUACCGGAGAAACGGAUCAACAGUUUUUGGAUUGGUGCCAUCAUGAUUCCAGCAUGCUAUGUGACUUUUGGAUGGGCAUUGGAAAAUGGAAUUCAUAUUUCUGUGCCACUAAUUGCUCUGUUCGUUGGUGGAUUCAGCAUCAAUGUGGUAUUCACCUCAGCACUCGCGUACUUGGGUGACGCACAUCCACCGCACGCCGCCGCCAUGGUGUUGGUAAGUGAUUCAAUGUCAUUUAUAGUCUCAGGAAUAAUGACCGUGGUAACCUCUUUAUUAAAAUCCUAUGGGUAUGGUUGGCUAUUUACCAUAUUGGCAAUCGCCAGUGUUUGCGGGAUGAUACUUUCUGUGGUUGUUUAUUUCAAAGGAAGGAGUUGGCGGGAAGGCAGAUUUGAGAGUAGUUAA